CUCCGGAGCAAUACUCCAGGUUAUGCUCUGGGCUACUCCAUUGGAGCAACCAGACUCCAGUCUGAGUGGUAGUAAACCUACUCCAGACUCGGGUUGGGUUCACUCCGGAGCGGCUCCGGAAUCUACAAUGAAUAAAAAUAACGCGAAUUUCAUACAACUAUUUCAAACACGAUUUCUUCCAGAUCUUGAAUCUAUGCAAGUCUCGCAUUCAAUAAUACAAUCAUCAUUUUCAGACAUUUCAUACGAAACAGAAGAAGCAACAAUCAUUUCAGAAAUCAAGCAGCAAGAACGAAAUUUCUAUAAAUUAACGCAGAACAACAUCAAAAUCAUUAAUAUCUCCGCUGCAUUCACAUACGAUCUUUUAAUCUACAUUAACGAAAUGAUCCAGCGAAAUCUCGAGCAUGAAGAGUUUCUUGCCGUAUUGGAGGAAGUGGCGAGACGUACGACUGAAAUUCUCGAAGAAUGCGAACGUAUCAAAAAAGAAUACGAACAGAUGUUUGUGUUGUUGGGUAUGAUUGCAAAGAAUCUGAAUUCGCAAAAUGAGGAAUUACGAAAGAAGAAAGAAAAUACUGAGAAUGAAAUACAGAGAUUGAAGGAAGAAUCUGAAGGCGAAUUUAUGUUUCGAACGGGUGGAUUGGUGCUUACAGGAAUCACCGUAUUUCAAGCACCACGUAUCACCGGUGCACUAUUAACUAUCGUGAUGUCGAUUCCGUUACUUUAUUCUUUGAGAACAUCCGAAAUGGUGAAAGAAAGAAUCGUUAAUGCAUACAAAACUCUUAGUUUUUUAGUCGUUAAAAAGCAGAAAUUAGUAUACACCCAAAGAACAAUCGAAAAUAUCAAUUUUCAUAUACAAAUAAUUAUUCAAGUGCUUAAAGAGGUCGAGGAAUUUUGGUGCUGUUUAUUGCGUGGAACCUAUUUUGCGGAAGGGAAGAAUAAAAGCAAAGAAGAAAUAUUAAGUAACAAUGAUAUCAAAAACAAAGUCCAAAAGUUGCCCCGGGUUAUUGGAAAAGCGCGCGUUGAGAAAUGGGAAAUUGCUAGAAAUGUAUUUAAUGCUUAUAUCACAAAGAUGCGGGAUGCGACAAAUGAAAAUAUCGAAAAAUUGCGAUGCGAAUUUUAUUAG